GCGUACGUUAGUCCAAUCCGGCGAAACCCUAGCUUGCGGAGGGCUCUAUUUCUUCGAUCCGACUCCCAUUGGAUCGGUAAGGCCCUUUUGGACGCCGCUGCUUCCUACUUUUGCUGAAACCCUAGCGGUAGAAGCCAAACUUCCCCUCCGGCAUGGCGCCGAAGAAGGAUAAGGCUCCUCCUCCGUCUUCGAAGCCGGCCAAAUCCGGCGGAGGGAAGCAGAAGAAGAAGAAGUGGAGCAAGGGAAAGCAGAAGGAGAAGGUGAACAACGCGGUGCUCUUCGAUCAGGCGAGCUAUGAUAAGAUGCUCUCCGAGGUUCCCAAGUACAAGAUGAUCACUCCCUCUGUGCUGUCUGACAGAUUGAGGAUCAAUGGAUCGCUGGCGAGAAGGGCAAUAAAGGAUCUGAUGGCAAGGGGUUCCAUUAGGAUGGUAUCUGCCCAUGCCAGUCAACAAAUUUACACAAGAGCCACCAACACCUAGAGGACACCCGCUCGCUAGAUUCUCUAGGGUUCAGUUCUCGGUUUUGUUCUUAGUUGAUGAUGUUCUUCAUGUUUCAAGAGUGUUAGUGACUUGUGCUUUUUGUUGUCCUCGAAACAAAACAAUGCUUGUGUUUUGGAUCCUAUAUUCUGUCGUUGACCAAAUAUGUGGCAGCUACACUUCUGGUUUACUUAUUUUGUUAGGUUAAUAUUUUAUGCUAUGUUUUACCAAUAAAUAAAAAAGAAUACCUGUAUGUUUGGUCUAGAA